GUCCUCUCCCUCCCCACCACCUGUGGCUGUGUCCAGACGGAGAAUGUUCUAGCCCUGGAGGCAGCUGUGGAUGAAGUCCUUGGGGGGAAAAGAAGCAGGCCAAGGGCGAUGGUGGAGUAACGCUGCCUCACGGAGGCAGCAUGAGCUGAGAGGGUGACAAGAAGGAGGCGCUACACAGCAUGGAGGACUUUCUACUCUCCAAUGGGUACCAGCUGGGCAAGACCAUUGGGGAAGGGACCUACUCAAAAGUCAAAGAAGCAUUUUCCAAAAAACAUCAAAGAAAAGUGGCAAUUAAAAUUAUAGACAAGAUAGGAGGGCCAGAAGAGUUUAUCCAGAGAUUCCUGCCUCGAGAGCUCCAGAUUGUCCGUACCCUGGACCACAAAAACAUCAUCCGGGUGUAUGAGAUGCUGGAGUCGGCGGAUGGAAAGAUCUACCUGGUGAUGGAACUGGCUGAGGGAGGGGAUGUCUUUGACUGUGUGCUGAACGGAGGGCCACUUCCCGAGAGCCGGGCCAAGGCCCUCUUCCGCCAGAUGGUUGAGGCUAUUCGCUACUGCCAUGGCUGUGGCGUGGCCCACCGAGACCUUAAGUGUGAGAACGCCUUGUUGCAGGGCUUCAACCUAAAGCUGACCGACUUUGGCUUUGCCAAGGUGCUACCCAAGUCACGCAGGGAGCUGAGCCAGACCUUCUGUGGCAGCACAGCCUACGCCGCUCCCGAGGUGCUGCAGGGCAUACCCCACGAUAGCAAGAAAGGUGAUGUCUGGAGCAUGGGUGUGGUCCUGUAUGUGAUGCUUUGUGCAAGUCUACCUUUUGAUGACACAGAUAUCCCCAAGAUGCUGUGGCAGCAACAGAAGGGGGUAUCCUUCCCCACUCAUCUGGGCAUCUCAACCGAAUGCCAGGACCUGCUGAAGCGGCUCCUGGAACCAGAUAUGAUACUCCGGCCUUCAAUCGAAGAAGUUAGUUGGCACCCAUGGCUAGCAAGCACUUGAUAAAAGCAAUGGCAAGUCCUCCCCAAUAAAGUAGGGGGAGAAAGCAAACCCAAAAA